AUGUCUAAUGAUUUCAUUGUUGAUGUCGUGAAUGAGAUCAGCCAUCCCUGUGAUGGACUUCAUCUCCACCACUUUAAUCUCACCGGGUGUGUUCGAGAACAGCAAGAUCAUUGGCUCAAACAUGCCUGCCUUCAAAUAAAGAUUGGACUCUGUAUACCACAUCGUCCUUCUACAUCUUUGUGGUGCAAACCACUUCAUUCCACACUCAUCUGCUACAACAGCCAAAGACUUUCUGGUUGGGUUCAACCAAAGUUGGGGGCCAGCAAUAUCAUUACUUGCAGCUUCGAAGUUGCUGGUUCUCCUGUCUGUUGGUCUUCUAUGGGAGGCCCAACCACCAAGGCAAUGUUUGACCCUGGCCUUAUGGAACAGGAUGUUUUUCAUAUUUUUCCCUGGUUCCUUCCAAGACCCAAUUGCUGCCCUGUAUUCACUAAUGGUGCGUUCAAUCAGGUGGCAGCUUUAUGCCCGCAGUGGGCCCAUCUCUCUCAUCAUGUAGCUAAGAUGAGCCAGCAUGUGCUAGUUUAUCACAAAAAUUGUGGGCUUUAA